AUGCUUAGUCCGGAAAAGUAUAACGAGAAGGUACUCGCGUUCCUGGCAGAGCGUCUAACAGAAGAAAGUCUGUACGAUUUUCUAGUUACAGGGCUAGGCAUUCAAGAGUCGAGAGUUAUUGCUGGAAGUCAUCUUGAUGUCAAGCUCACGCAGGAUAUGGAGAAGGAAAAUGGGAUGUCGAUAGAGACGGCUUCCGAGCGUUUAGGGCUUAACGAAAGAGGCAUUUGGAUUUUUAAAAGACCAGCCUUUUUCUAUUGGGCCAAACACGCUGAAUCAAGCAUAUUGGCGAAAGGGAAGGCAGCCCACGCUAAACCAAGCUCAGUGGUGGAGGGGAAGACAGCCCGCGCUAAAUCAAGCGCAUCGGCGAAGAGGAAGCCAAACUAG